GAUCAGCUCUUCUGCAAAUCGCUUUAAUCCGUCUCCUUCCCAACACAUAAUUAACAAGUUUCAAGAUAAAAACUAUAAAGGAAAAGAUGGCCAUUGCCUACACUGCUAUUUCAUUUCCAACUGCCUUUCUGCUUCAUUAUCAAUUCCACGAUGAAAAAAUCAUUCAUUGCAUUCAUCAGAAAACUUCUUUUAUGCCCUGCUGAUGCAGCCGCCGCUCCCAAUCUCCGGGUCCACGUUGAUGUGCGUGAAGAAUAUGCUAAUGCCUUUAGGACCGAAUCAUACAAUGAGUUCUGGACACGAGUUCUUGCGUUGUCGGAUGUAAAUUCUGCCACGCAUAUUCCGGUCCAUACCUCCACAUCAGCUCGUCUCCCGUCGUAUCGCCUGUUCGUUGAAUAUCUUUUGGAUCCAGAUCAGCCCACAGUAACCCGGAUCCUUGCUAUGGCUCAUUACCCACCCACGCCCCACUCGCUUCUAACCCAAUAUUUCACCCUGACAGCUAAUGCCUCUCUCUUAUGUGGAUCUUUACUAAAGGAUAUUGACCAUACACGUGUCAAAUACCGCUCUCUCAGAACCACCCUCCAGUCUAUGGAGACUACGCCCGAAAGGCAUUUCCGGAUACUGUUGACCCGAUUAACGGAUUUCGCCAACUCCCUUAACCCAUUUCACUGGUCUGCUCCAUCUCCUGCACAGGUUCGAUCCACACAAUCCGAUUGCUCCAAUUUGCUCAAGAAGUUGGAGUCAACCCGCGACAAGGCUAAAUCCAAGCUGCAACUGAGAAGUAGACUAAAACAUGGUUCGGCUUUAUUCAUCGUGGCUUUAACAGCUUCACUUACAGUGAUCCUUGCAACUCAUGCAUUGGCUUUGGUAGUAGCGACUCCGUGUUGUAUAAGGGCUACAAUGGAUGUGGGUUAUAGUAGGAGGCUAAGUAGAGUGAUGUCUCAGCUUGAUAUGGCUGCAAAGGGGAGCUACAUUCUUAGUAGAGAUCUGGAAACAAUUAGCCGGCUGGUGGCUCGAUUAAAUGAUGAGCUGGAGCAUAUGAGGGGUACAGUUAAGUUUUGGGUUGAGAGAGGAGAGGAAUGGAUCCGGGUCCAAGCCAACGGGGAAGUGGUGGGCCGGAUGAAGAAGAAUGAUUGCAGCUUUAGCGAGCAGCUGGAUGAAGUUGAGGAGCAUUUAUACUUGUGCUUUAUGACAAUUAAUAGAGCUAGAAAGCUUGUACUUAGGGAGAUAUUGGAUCCGGGUCAACCCAUGAAGGCACCAAAUCUUAUCAGAUAGUAAACAGUAAACUGCUGCCUUCUUCCUAUGUUCAUGAAAUUUGAUUUUACUGCAGAAUAAGACUCUAAAUUAUUUGUUUA